CACGCAGAGAACAUCACCGCUUCACUUUGCUCUCUUCGGCUUGUGGUUGGGAACAGCUGCCCCUCUCCUCCGUCAAGAUGAUCAAGAUCGUCGCCAUCCUUGCUCUGGCUGUUGCCGUCCAGGCUGUCCCAGUGAGGUUCAACGCCGCUGGCGACCUCGACACCGCCGCCCAGACCUUCGCCCGUGCCGUCGCUGCCUCUGACGACUCUUUCAGCCAGCCAAUCCCGUACUCCUUCAAGCUCGAAUCUGCCACCGAGGAGGGCACCCACACCCACGAGGAGACCGGUGACGGCAAUGGCCGCGUUUCUGGCAGCUACACCAUGACCCUCGCCGACGGCCGCCAGAGGACCGUCCGUUACACCGCCGACGAGACCGGCUUCCACCCCGAGAUCGUCACCAACGAGCAGGGAACCGAGUCCAACAGCCCAGCCGACGCCUCCAUCACCUCCAGCGCCCUGUCCGGCCCUGACGCCGCCCACGCCGCCGAGCCCGAGCGUCUUCGUCUCCUCGCCUCCGGAGGCUUCAAGUCCAAGGCCUAAACUGGAACUACUAGGACGCUUGCCCUAACCGGAGAACUGGUGGCGUGCGUGACUGGGCCUGCGGCGCAGGUCUGUCAGAGCACUGCCGCCAACACCCUCCCAUAGGCAGCGUAGACGACCACGAAGCGAUGAAAGAAGCGAAAAGGCUAUCUCCCACCCUAUUUAUGUUUACCCGCUUGGCGCCUCAACCAGCGCCAUCGUGCUUACGUGCCUCGUGCAUCAGUGAAGGACUCAUUCAUUUCCAUUCGAACCGGGCGUCGCGCCAGAUGCACCGCGACCAGCUAGGCUUUUGAAGAUGAAAAGUUCCACGUCGCACCCUCCAGUGGGGUGGCGCUGCUGAGGAGGAAAGGUCCCUGGUUACCCGCCAUCCGCGAAAGAAGAAAAACUGCUAUUCUUGUUUGUAAAUGUCCUGAAGCCAGAACAUGGAAUCUUGAUUGUCGUUUGUACGUCCUGUGUUUUCUGUGUCUUGUCCCCGUGGCCUCGUGCAAUCUUUUUUUUUAUUCAGACCACUUCGUUCCUAACAUUUUCUCCUUCUUUACUUCCUCGCCGUGGAAAAGGUUAGCGCACGUUACUACAGGCGCCGCCGCAUACUUAUGUUGCCGUAUCGCUUUCACGCUGUGAUAGGAGAGGCUUCCUAACACCUUCGCAUAGCCUCUUCUCACGUAACGCCAGCUAGCAAGCUGUAGCUUUAAGUAACAAUUACGGGUCGCGUUUUCUACGUAGAGUGUACAAAUACGUGUUCCUUGUACCUAAUUACUUUUCUUUUUCUAACACAUUUUCUUACAACACAGAAGCAUUUCACUACUUGACGGUUGUGGUAAGCCCGUCGAUGUGUGCAAUGGUUCGACGGGGGUAGUCGGCACUAGACACAGCAGCACCUAACUAGUACGUACGCCUUGCUUGUUAAGCGUGUUUUGUCUACGUCACUGUCCAAUGUUCCUCUAACUAUAUAUAGUCUUGUGUGUCCUUGUCAGUUCUGUGUACUGGUUUCACGAAACAUCAAAAUAAAACGCUAAGCAAGCUCUGUAUGAAGCAGCACG